GUAAUGACGUUGCGACUUACGUUCGGCUCAGUUGUGCAACUCCUUCUGGGUAACAACGUCUGUCCUGCACGUUGACAUUGGGAUAGUAACCCGACAGACAACACUUCACAGCGGACUUCUCUCAAAGGUACGUUUGUCAAUGUCUACCUAAAUGUUAUCAUUGUAGGUUUUGUUAAGAGGCUGAGACCAAAUGAAGAUGUCCCGUAUUUAUCGUAAGCGUAUGACUCUGUGAAGACUGAAAUUCUUAGAUCAUAAAAGGCAGUCAUAUCAGCUAACGUUAGCAUAGCCGCUAGGCAGUCUGGUUAACGGUGAAUUAAAGUAGUGAGAGCUUUUUAUCUGCUUAGCGUGAUUAGCAGACUUGUUUUGCAUUUUCGUAAUACCAUAGAAUGUCAAUCCCAGAACAAAUCUCCGGGGAAUUAGGGACUCACAGAAGGGCUGCCAGGUUGUUAGUCGGCGUUGUUAGCUAAGUUAGCCAGGUUUAGUUGGAUCAGAGCUUUCAGGCCAUCACUCACUUGAGGUCACCUAAGGAUAGUCUAGGGUCCUGAUCAAUGCUAACAACAGCCGGUACACUGGGACAUGAAGUCCAAAACAGCCCCAGGUACCUGUCUAAUAGGAGGACCUCAUCAUUCAUCUCUUAUUGUUAUCCAACAUGAGGUUUGGCUGCUUUUAGGAUAAACACUGUGUGAUGAAACCUUUGAGUAUUUCUGUUUCCCGUUUUAAAGUUUGUUUGUAACUAAGGAAUGUCAGGUUAACGUAACGAACACGUUCCUCUGCAUUUUUAAGAGCAAUUUUACAGUUUUUUACAGCGAGACAAUAAUAGCUCUCAGCUAACAGGUAAGUAUUCGGAGAGAAAGUAGUUGCCCACCUGAGUUUCUGGAUGUCCAAGUAGUGCUGAACAUUGUUGAAAAUAUUCUGUACAUACGCCAAAGUAAAUAAUUACAUGCUUAUUUGCCACACUGUUUUCUGAAAAGGUGAUGCUAUUUGAAAUAUAUACAGAAACAGCGUGUGAGAAAUUUCAAAACAUUAAACCCCAUAUUUAGUCAAAAGUAGCAUAAGCUCAGCAUAUCAAGAGUCUGUCAGUGUCAACCUCAGGGGUGAACCCCCCUCCCACAGCAUUAUUCGAGAAGGACAACUUCUCUGAACCCUCUUGGAAUCUUGCUGACUGCUUGCUUCUCUAGUUAUACCAACUUUAAUAACGACUGAAAGAUAGCAAUACACAGCGGUCUCAAGAUCCAUAAACAAACCUCAACCAAAUAGCCACUCUAUAGACACAAAUAAUGCUCAGAACAGCACCUGACUUCAUCAACAGUACAUAUAGAGUCCCAGCCAUAAUACUAGCCACCAAACAUCUUUUUAACUUUGCCUAAUUUCUUUAGCAAAGAGACUAAACACAACUCACCUACUCUCUUCCAGCACCUGCUUGUUUGUACGGAGACCUCCAGGCGAGUCCAUAAACUGCAGCGGGGUGACGCAGCUCAAGGAAGAACAUUUAUGAUUAUUACUUUAUGGAAAUGCAACCAGACCGAGACGCUAAGGCAGAAGAACGACCACGUCUGCAGUGCGAAAUGAUUAAUAUGGUGAUUAAUACUUAAAGGAAAUGAUAAAGAAAUGAUCAUAAAUGUUCUUCCUUGAGCUGCGUCACCCCGCUGAAGUCCGUAAUGGACUGGCCUGAGGUCUUGCUUCAAACAAGCGGCUGCUGGAAGAGAGUGGGUGAUUUGUGUUUAGGUUCUUUGCUAAAGAAAUCAGACAAAGUUUAAAAGAUGUUUUGUGGCUAGUGCUGUGGCUGGGACCCUAUAUGUCCUGUUGAUGAAGUUAGGUGUUGUUCUGAGAAUUAUUUGUGGCUAUAGAGUGGCGUUUUGGUUGAGAUUUGUUUAUGGCUCCUCAGACAGCUGUGUAUUGCUAUCCUGUGGUCGUUACUAAAGUUGGUAUAACUAGAGAAGCAAGCAGUCGGCAACAUUCAUUUCUCGACGGGGUGUCUAACUCGGUGUUCCAGUGUGUUUGACCCUUACUUCAUUUUACGCCUUUAAGUGUCUCUAUAAGUGUUUCACAUCUUUUCAACCUUGUUCCAUGUAUUUCAGCUCAUGAUUCACUCUACUUAAUGUGACAUAACAUGACAAACUUCACGCCCUUUGUGUCUCUAUGUGUGUGUUACAGAAAGGGACAGGAUGGGAUCCGCCGUUUCCACACUUGCUGCUCCCACAGUCAUGGCAGAGGCCAUGGUGUCUGCCCCACCUCAGGGCUGCCCUAUGCACCAAGAAGCCAAGCCUGUCAAAGGUGCUGCUGCUUGUGCUCUUAUCUGUUUUGUCAUGUUGCUUUGUUAUACAGUUUGAUAUUUACUCCUUUAAAUAAGUGCUAACAUUAUCAAAACUUGCAUUUUUUUAGUGUCUCCACCUUCAGAGUGCCCCAUGCAUCAAGCCCCACCUGUGAAAGGUAACUGUUGAAAGAUCAGUAUCAUGCUAUUAACACUGUAAGAGUGCAUUGCCUCUCAUAGUUCAUAUUGAAACACUUAAAGGGAUUACUCGUCUUUUGUCUAGAUCUGUUUUUUCCAUCAUGCCUAACUAAGGUGCUGUUGUUUCUUCCAGUGUCUCCUCCAUCAGAAUGUCCUAUGCACAAAGCAGAAGCAGGUCCAGCUCACCAAGAUCGGGCUUAUGAGUUUGUCGAGUGCCCCAUGAAAGCUGCAGCAGGCGCGAACAGUGACAUCGACCCUGCAAACAUGGUAACUCACCACUUUCGAGGGAAUGUUUCCUUGGGGUAUAGUGUAUGAUGUUAAAAAUUAAGUAAGAUAAUCACUUAUGAACAAAUGUUAAAUUUGAGAAUUUGAUGAACAGCAAUCAUAUAACAAAUUCAACCUUGUUUUCAUUUUGAUUUAAACAUCACAAAUCCUGUUUUUUCAGUUCCAUGUUGCGAAACUAUUUUCUUUGCCACCCCUGUUUCUCUGCAGAUGCCACCUCCUAACCAAACACCAGCACCUGACCAGCCUUUCAGCCUGUCUGUAUCCAGAGAGGAGUCGACCAUUCCUCGUCACAACGCAGAAAAAAAUUGGGUUUACCCAUCUGAACAGAUGUUUUGGAACGCCAUGCUGCGGAAAGGGUCAGUAAACACACAGCCACAGUGUUAUAGACACUUAGCAUAGAUGCAGAUUAAGUACGUUUUGUCACUAUGGUUAGAACCAGAACCUCAAAGAUUGACUCCUCCCCUGGCCCAGCAAUGUCAAAAACUUCCCUUUGUUUUUACAAUAUAUUUUUUUUGUGUCUUGACCUCACACCUUGCAUCCUGUUGUUUGCUGAAGGCUACAAAUCCCCUUUCCAAAGGUGAACACCCAGAAACCUCCUAUACACAGCAAAUUAAGGAAAACUGCUUAAAGUCAGAGUAGAUACAGACAGCCACCCACUCAUAGUUUGACAUGGGUGAGCACUGAAAGGCAUUGUGUCUGUAGAUCUACCUUUUUGUUCAUUUCAUUAGCGAAACAGUCUUGAUAUGGAUUUAACCCUUGGUGUGUAAUCCUUCAAAUCCUAAAAAGAGCUUUGUUGGAAGAUUAUGGUUACCACAUUCACACAAUUGAAAGCAUUAAAUGUCUUAAUGUGAUCUAAUUCCCUUGUUUGUGCCAUAGCUGGCGCUGGCGGGAGGAUGACCUUGCUGCUCAUGACAUGUCCAACAUCAUUAAAAUUCACAACCGGAACAACGAGCAGGCCUGGCAGGAGAUCCUGAAAUGGGAGGCCAUGCAUGCAGUGUAAGUGGAUUCUCAUACUGUUCUGACAUAAUGAAGACUACAGCUCUCAAUUCACCUUAGAAUCAUUCUGAAAUAAAUGUUGCUGUUAAAAGCAGCAACAAACAAAAGUAAAUCAAUACAACAUAUUGUGUGUGCUUCACCUGCAUGUUCAUAGAAGUAACGAUGGUUAACUUAAGAGUGUUUUAUCUUGUUUCUUUUCCGCUCAGGGAAUGUCCAUGCGGACCGACUUUGAAGAGGUUUGGUGGGAAAGCCAAAGAGUUCUCACCCAGGGCUCGCGUCCGCCACUGGAUGGGGUGAGCUUCUUUAAGAAAAGGCAUUUUGUAAAAAAAACUGUUCACACAGUGAUUUCGACUACAGAGUCAUGUCCUUUUUAACGCAGUGCAUGGAUUCUUCUGAUCUUUUAAAUGGUAUUAUGUACUGUAGAUAAUCAAAACCCCAAAUUCUUCACAAAUGAACAUAAUUCUUAAAUUUUUGAAUAAUUUGCCUUCUAGGGGUGGGAGAAAAAAUCGAUUCACAUAAGUAUUGAGAUUUUUUGUUUUACAAUUUUUAAAUAGAUUUUUUUGUUCAAAAGUAGAAUUUUUUUAAAAUUUAAGAAUAAAUCUUAGAAACUGACUUACAUAUGAUGUGUAUUUUUGGGGAAAAUAUGGUUCCUGGUAUAGUCAGUAGUCAAUCAUAAUCAUUCAACUGUUUCACUGGUGUUAAAAAUGUAGACUAAAGAUCCCGAAUUGGCAUCCAAAAAAUCGUAGAAGAAUCGAAUCGGGAGAAAAGCAUAUCAUCCCAGCCCUUGUGCUUACGCAGCCACUCACAAAGCAAUGAACCUCUGUCGUUAUGUCUAAAAGUCUCAGUUUUUUAAAAUGUGUUUCUGGCUGCGCUGAUUGAUGCGUCUUCUUGUAUUUAAAGACUGCUUUGCUGCUGUUAAAAACCUGAAGUGCUGGUUCAAAUGACUAAUCCCACCCGUGUCCCCUUGUCCUUAGCUAUGAACUGCCUUUUGACCGCCAUGACUGGAUCGUCGACCGCUGUGGAAAGGAGGUGCGCUACGUCAUUGACUACUAUGAUGGUGAAAUCGAUAAAGAAACCUUCCAGUUCUCCGUUCUGGAUGUACGCCCAGCUUUUGACUCUAUAGAGGCUGUUUGGGACCGCAUGAAGGUGGCGUGGUGGCGCUGGACCUCCUAAAAGACCCGUACACACAUAUACAUAUACACAAAGGUCACCUACACAAGGACUGCGAAACUAGCACUCCUCUUUUCAGCUCUCGAAAUGAUGUGCUGUUGUGUUAAAAAAAACCUUUAAGAAGACCCCUGAAGAAAAAGAAAUCAACUCAUCUAGUUUUAGCAGAACAGCAGUAUGUUAGGCUGUAAAAUCUUUGAUCUGCUUAUCACAUCGAUAUCAUUUAAAGGUGUCAAUUUUGGUUUGUGUUGUCGUUCACAGGUCUUAAAGACAGCAUUUACAUGUAAGCUAGUGGAAGUGUUAGUCAGACAGGUUACAUGAGACUCAUACUGCCUCAUAUCAAAAAAGGAUAUAUAGAAGAAACACUCAACCCACAAUGCAGAAUCAUUAAAACAAGAACGGUUGAUACCUCUUUGAGCGUGAUGGAGCUUUGUUGAGCCAAAAAACAACCCCUCACUGGAACAUUCUCGAGCUCGACUUGGGUUCAGGCCUGGGGACAAAGUGUGAUGUGAUUUUGAUGCACUGUGCAAUGCAAGAUCGAGCAGUUUGGGAAUUCUGUUCAAUUGGUGCUAUAAGACAGAACCUCAAAAUAUCUGCUGAUCAUUUCCUAGCAUCCCUAGCAUUCUCACAUUACAUUUAGGUAAAUGCAAACAAUAUAGGCAUGAGAAUCCCAAUUUUAAAGUUUGAAAAUGUCAAUGCUUCCAAACAGUUUGUAAGCGGCCAUAUUUAUGACUUGACCGUUGUUGCAUUUGUAUAGAUAAAUGUCAUUUGGCAGCUUUGAUGAUAUCAGUAAUUUGUUGGAAAAAAAAAAGAAAUUCAGAAAACUGCAACCGCACAUUAUCAUAAGACUUGAAUAAUAAAAGAAACUUUUCUCAGGAUUAAGUGAAUCUAAAAUUCCACCUUAUACCCAAAUGAGUUUUGUGCACAAACCCUAGCAUACUUUUUUUAUUUUAUUUUUUAUUCCUGUUUAUGGUCCGAAAAUGUUCCCAGCUGUGGUUAUAGGAAAUCUCCAGGCAGACUGAGGCUUGCUGAGAGUGUUAAGAAUCACAACAGUGGCAGUCUGAGUUGUGUAAACCGAGUGACUCACUUUCACACGUGUGACUUCUCUCUUGUGUGUCUUUGAAGAAUCUUCAUUUUUCCAUCUUGUCAUAUCUUCUCAAUCACGGUGAAGAGAGUUCGUUGUACAAAGACUGUGUGGAAUACCUUGAUGAUUGUGUAGAGGGUGUGACUGUCUAGUGUGGACUAGAAUGGGCCUUCAGGAUACAUAGUUCUAUUUUUUUAAAGGAGGAAGGAUGGAUACGAGCCCUGAUUUCAAACUCUUGGCACACUAUUCCCUCUCACUUCUUGUUGUAGAUAGUAAGAUGUCUUCCUUAGUUGGAUAUAGGGAGCAGACAAUGGAGGCUUGAGUUGAAGUAAAAUUGAAAGCUGGCUAUCAAUUUCACAAGUUCUCACUAAGUGUAUCUUAUACAGUUUUGGUUUCUUAAUAAUAAUAAUAAUAAGGGACUAAAGUCUUUGGUUCAUCUGAAGUGGGUGUGCUUUGGUUCGUAUCUAAAUUUGCUCCUGCAUCGUGUUUAACAAUCAUCUCCAGCUUCUACUGUCAUAGUUCUGUCUCUCAUCUCUGAGAUGUAUUUUUUUCUAACUAGUAAAUACCCAGUCUUUUAUUUAUUGUUUAAUGAAUGAGUGUAGACUUCUGUGUGCAAAAUCUGAAUUCUGUUGUUCCCUGAUAAAUUGUUCUUGUAUCUAAAGAAGAAUUUACGAGCUCUGAUGGUGAAUUGAACUAUCAAUAAUAAAGAUGGUCAUGUUCUGCCUAAUACAU